AUGGCAACCCCAACCGUGUCCGUCGGUGACUUCCUCUCCAACACGAACCGGUUCCAGAUCAUCGAGAGUACACUCCGAGAAGGCGAGCAAUUCGCCAAUGCCUUUUUCGACAGGGAGGCCAAGAUCAAGAUCGCCACUGCUCUCUCCGACUUUGGCGUCGAGUACAUCGAACUGACCUCUCCCGCUGCCUCUCCUCAAUCGCGUGAGGACUGCGAGGCUAUCUGCAAGCUCGGCCUCAAGAAUGCUGACAACCUUUACAAUGUGCGGUGUAACAUGGAAGAUGCCAAGCUUGCUUGCGAUACAGGAGUCGACGGUGUCGACGUCGUCAUUGGCACCUCCAAGCAGCUCCGGGAGCACUCCCAUGGCAAGGACAUGGACUACAUCAAGAAGACUGCCCUCGAGGUUAUCGCUUACAUCAAGAGCCGCGGCGUCGAGGUUCGCUUCUCAAGUGAAGACAGUUUCAGAAGUGACCUGGUGGAUCUCCUUGAUCUUUACCGUGCUGUCGAUCGGGCUGGCGUCAACCGUGUGGGUGUUGCGGACACUGUGGGAUGUGCCACGCCCCGUCAAGUCUAUGAUCUCGUGCGCACUCUCCGAGGUGUUGUCGGCUGUGAUAUCGAGACUCAUUUCCAUAACGACACUAUGUGUGCCGUCGCAAACGCCCACGCAGCUCUUGAGGCUGGUGCCACACACAUCGACACCAGUGUUCUCGGUAUCGGUGAGAGAAACGGCAUUACUCCCUUGGGUGGUCUCCUCGCCCGCAUGAUCGUUGGCAGCCACGACUACGUCACCUCCAGGUAUAAGCUGCACAAGCUCCUGGCGCUGGAAGAUCUCGUUGCGGACCAUGUCCAAAUUAACAUCCCCUUCAACAACCCCGUCACUGGUUUCUGUGCCUUUUCCCACAAGGCCGGCAUCCACUCCAAGGCCAUUCUUAACUCGCCUUCAACAUACGAGAUCAUCGACCCAGCCGAUUUCGGCAUGAGCCGAUACGUCCACUUUGCCUCAAGACUUACUGGCUGGAAUGCCAUCAAGAGCCGUGUCGAACAGCUUGGCCUGACCAUGACUGACGACCAAAUCAAGGAAGUGACACAAAAGAUCAAGGCCUUGGCCGACAUCCGACCUCUUGCGGUCGACGAUGCAGAUGCCAUCAUUCGAUCUUACCACCUCGAACUCCAAUCCUAA